UUAUUUUCUCUCCAAACAAACAAACUUGUUAUUCUCUUUCUCUCUCUUCUAAAAAAAAGUUGGUGAAAAAUGAAAGCUUCUUCUUGCGCAGAUGAUUUAUUCAUGUCGCGGAUAAUUAUGGCUCCCAUUUUUCUCUGUUUUAGUGCCUAGGAGGAGGAAGAGAGUUUGACAUUCCAAACGGAGACCCAAAUCUCUCUCUCCUGUUUCCUCGACAGGUUUCUCACCUCAAUUUCACUUUCUCUCUCUAGAAAAUUCUUCAAUUGAUUAAAUUCUGCAUCUUUUUCUACGAAAUUUCGGCGGUUUUAUCUUCUUCUGCUGAAAAUAGUCCUGGAAGAUUGCAAUUGAUAUUGUUUUGGGUUUCAGACUUGGGCUGGGGUUGAUUUUGGUUUUUUGGGGGAUAUAGGUCUUCGGAAGUAUUGCAAGAAAAGCCAUGAAUUCAGUUCCGAUUGAGUCCACAUUGGCUGAAUCUUCGGGGUCGUCAAGCUCGAAUUCCUCUUCUUCUCAGGGAUCUGUGGAUGAGAAUCGCCGGUUCAAUGGACUUAGAAGCGUAAAGUGGCGUAUAAAUCUUGGGAUUUUGCCGUCGUCUUCUUCGCCUUCUUCCGUUGAUGAUCUUCGUCGCGUCACAGCUGAUUCUCGUAGAAGAUAUGCUGGAUUAAGAAGACGCCUUCUUGUUGAUCCACAUAUUCUAAAGAAAGGAAAUAGUUCUUCUGAUGUUGUCAUUGACAAUCCACUGUCACAAAAUCCAGAUAGCACCUGGGGUCGAUUCUUUCGAAAUGCGGAACUGGAGAAAAUGGUUGACCAGGAUUUAUCCAGGUUAUACCCAGAACAUGGGAGCUACUUCCAGACACCAGGAUGCCAAGGCAUGUUAAGAAGAAUCUUGUUAUUGUGGUGCCUUAGACAUUCUGAGUUUGGCUACAGACAAGGAAUGCAUGAACUCUUGGCUCCUCUUCUAUAUGUUCUUCAUGUUGAUGUGGAGCGUCUUUCACAUGUGCGAACAGUCUAUGAAGAUCACUUCAUGGACAAAUUUGAUGGUCUAUCAUUUCAAGACAAUGAUACAUAUAAUUUUGAUUUCAGAAGAUCUUCUGAUUAUACAGAAGAUAACAUUGACUCCCAUGAAAAUGUGUCAAAAGCAAGGAGUCUUAAUGAGCUUGAUCCUGAGAUACAGACAAUAAUAUUACUAAGUGACCCUUAUGGCGCUGAAGGUGAGUUGGGUAUUGUUAUUUCAGAGAAAUUUAUGGAGCAUGAUGCUUAUUGCAUGUUUGAUGCUUUGAUGAGUGGAGCCAAUGGUCCAGUCGCCAUGGCAGAGUUCUUCUCUCCAUCUCCUGCUCGUGAAUCUCAAUCUGGCUUACCCCCAGUGAUUGAAGCUUCUGCUGCAUUGUAUCAUCUAUUGUUGUUUGUUGAUCCAUCUCUCCACAGCCACCUAGUGGAGCUCGGUGUUGAGCCACAGUAUUUUGCGCUCCGCUGGUUGCGAGUCCUAUUUGGACGUGAAUUUUCACUGGGAGGUCUCUUGACAAUUUGGGAUGAGAUAUUUGCAUCAGAAAAUAAAAAAAUGGACAAAAGUGGUGAAGAUGAUGGAGGCUCGUAUGGGGUCCUUUGUUCUUCUCGAGGAGCAUUUAUCUCAGCCGUGGCAGUUUCCAUGUUACUUCAUUUGAGAUCUUCCUUACUUGCCACUGAGCAUGCUACUUCAUGUCUUCAGAGAUUAUUGAAUUUCCCUGAGAAUGUGGAUUUGAAAAAGCUGUUGGAGAAAGCCAAGUCUCUGCAGACUCUUGCAUUGAAGAGUAAUAUCUCAUCUUCAUCCUCUUAUGAUGGGACUUUUGGCCACUCUAAAUCUAUGAUUGUGAGAGGUUGCAGUGAUUCAAUUGAUUCUUCUCCAACGUCUCCAUUAAGUCUGGUAUCUGUAAGUUAUUGGGAAGAGAAGUGGAGAGUUCACCAUAGAGAAGAAGAACUAAGAAAAGAUAGCUUGAAGAAAAGUGUUCCAACACAGAAGAAAGGAUGGACAGAUAAAGUAAAAUUAAGCCUGUCUAGAACAGAGUCAGACCCAUGUCCAAGGAAUUUUGUGAAAAGCAAAAAGAACCCUAAGCCAUCUGUUAGGCGACGAUUGCUGGAAGAUCUUUCCCGGGAACUUGGUUUAGAAGAAGAUAUGGACAAUGUAGGCGGUCAUGAAGUUUCAGGCAACACGGAAAUUAUUUCAGCAGAUGUAGAAGACAGUAGAGAAGAUGGCUUUUGUAAGGAAAUUAUCUGCACUACUGAGGAUAGAUGUUCAAGUGGAAAUGCUGGAAGUGAAGAAAAUUCAUCUAUUUUCUCAGAUCCAACAAGUCCUCAUAGUGAGACUAAUGAUCAUGAAAAUGAUUCAGAGAAAAGUAGUGUUGCAUCUAAUUUGUCCCUUGAUGAGAAUGAUGAUCAUGCCCAGAGUAUUCUGGAGGAUUCACCUCUUCUAAUUUCUCACCCCCCCGCGGAUGCCUCUCAAAAAUCUGAAUGCAAAAAUGAUUCCCUGGGAAAUUCAGUCACGGAGUUAAAGGAGAAAAAGCCUCUUUCAAGUAAAUUCCAAUGGUUUUGGAAGUUUGGAAGGAAUGGCACUACCGAAGGCACAUCUGAGAAAGGAGGCAAUUCUGAGGCUACAAAGUCUGCCAAUGAAGAAAGUCAUCAGAAAACUUCAGCUGUCUCCGAGGAUGAUGGGCCUGGUAAUUCUUCUGUUUGCUCCAAAGGAGAUGUCGUUGAUCAGAAUGUGAUGGGUACUUUAAAGAAUCUUGGGCAUUCUAUGCUCGAACAUAUUCAGGUAAUUGAGUCAGUCUUCCAACAUGAUAGGGCGACUCAAGCAGGGUCGCUGGAGAACUUCUCGAAAAACAUUCUAGUAGGCAAAGGACAAGUAACAGCAAUGACAGCUCUCAAGGAGCUCCGAAAAAUAAGCAAUCUUUUAUCAGAGAUGUGAGAAGUUGGUAUUCGUCAAUGCUAUGAAUCCAUAAACAAAUUAUUCUCAGUUCUGCAAUAUCUGAACUGAAGGACUCAGGCAAUUAAUUCAAUGAAUGUUAAUUGCUUUAGCAUGUAUGUGAAUUUUGAAGUUGAAGCAGGACUUGGUAGAAAGAGGCUUCUGAAAGAGAUUUGGUUAAGGAGGGUAGGAUAGAGGGUUAGCUAAACCACAAGUGUUGUGCUCUGUCCAUGUAACAUGCCCUUGUAAUUCUUUUGUCCAAAGGAUAUAAUAAAACUAGUUUCGAUAAUAUAAAGGAUAAAUACAUUGGUAAUACCAUGAAAGACA